AUGAACGGCCUACCAGGAGCUGGCGCCCCUCAAGGGGGCUCAUCAUACGAUCCUAAUGACCCAAACCUCAAGGCGCUGAACAAGAUGAUGGAGUCAUGCUUUGGCAAGUCCGCACUGUCAGGUGUACUGGGAUUCGGCAUGGGUGGUAUGUUUGGAAUGUUCAUGGCGUCGAUGUCAUACGACACGCCGUUCCACACCGCCGGCGCACCCGGCGCAGCUCCGAAACCGAUCGCCGAACUCCCCAUGCGCCAGCAGCUCAAGGUCGGCUUCAAAGACAUGGGUGCGCGAUCCUACAGUACGGCCAGGAACUUCGGCAAAGUCGGUAUGCUGUUCAGCGGUAUCGAAUGCGGCAUCGAGGGCUUCCGCGCGAAGAACGACUUGGCCAACGGCGUCGCUGCCGGGUGUCUGACGGGCGGGAUCCUAGCACGAAGUGGAGGCCCGACGGCCGUCGCCGGUGGAUGCGCCGCGUUCGCGGCAUUCAGUGCCGCUAUAGACGCUUACAUGCGGCAACCGGAGAAAGACUAG